GCCGACGGUCGAGGAAAUACCCUACACUCGACGAGUACAUACAACACGACCGCAACAAUGUCGAGGAUAUUGAUGGGUAGGGCCCUCAGGGGCGCUAAGGCGUCAGUGUGGGAGCAGCAGGUGUGCAUGGCCCAGCAGCAACGUAGCUUCAGCCAGACACCCUCUCGUCAAAACCCCCAAGUCGUCUUCGACAAGACGACAACGCCCGGCCUCGCACCCAUCCUCGAAGAGAUCCAGUCCAACAUCAUCCUCCCGUACUACCUCCCCAUCCACCAGCGCAAGCGCGUCUUCUCCGAGAAGCUCAAGCACCGUCUCAAGAGCGACCCGGUAUUUCUCGAGGUCGAUGGCCUCGAGCACCGCUUCUCCCACAUCAACGAGGAGGCCCUCCCCCCCUCGCGCGAGCUCACCUGGAAGGCCCUGCGCGCGAUGCAGACCCCCGAGGACUGGAACAACUUCGGCCGCCUGCUCUCGGGCAUGCGCAACGCCGGCCGCCACUACAGCCAGACGGACUUUGCCAAGAUGAUCCGCAUCGCCGGCACGCGGGGCCAGAUUUACACCAUUAUCGACACCGCGCGGCAGGUGCGCAAGACAGGCUUGCGGCUCGACAACUCGGAAAAGGUCAACGAGGUGCUGCACUUUGUCCAGAUGCGUGCCAUUGAGAGCGAGUGGAACAGGGAGAAGACGGAGCAGGCGCUGCGGUGGACUGAGAUGGUGCUUGAGAUGCUCGAGGACCCCAACCACGCUCUCGACAGCCGCCAGCUCGCCAAGCGUGGCAAGGACCGGUUCCCGCUGUUCAAGGACCCGCAGAUCCUGGGCGCAGCGCUGCACCUCUCGGCGGUGCUGGCCGUCAAGCACAACGACGGCAAAGACCUCGACGGCAAGGUCGCCGGGUACGCAAGAAAGGUCGCCGACGGGUGGCCCGCGGGCAAGGGCCUGCUGCAGCUGCACCCGGAGGAGGCGUACGCCGACCGCGUAGACGGCGUGUCGUACCUGGCUCACAGCCGGACGCAGUACCUCUCGUGCGCAAGCCCGAUCCUGCACGGCCUGUUCAUGGCCUCGCGCGUCGUGGAGAAGCCGCUGGCCGACAGGCUGCAGGCUAUCGCGGCCGCGUUGGGCAGUGAGGUCAAGGAUGUGGUGGAGAAGCAGAACUACCCUGCCGAGCGUGGCCUCAAGACCUACAACGCCCUAUUCAACUCCUCGUAGACAUACCGCGGUAGCGGUGGCCGGAGAGAGGGGGAGGCUAGGGAUGUCGUACGACAUCGGAGACGGGGGAGAGGAGAAGUGAUGAGCGGAACGGGGUGGAUCAGAAGGGGCUCCAGAAA